AUGAGCCUGUUCGACCGCAUCAAGCCCUACCUCUACUACCGCACCGCGCGCCACGUCCGCGUCGACAUCUGGCAAGUCGGCCUCACCAACCGGAUUCUGCAGACCGGCAUUAUAGUUGCCUUCAUCGCCACCGUCAUCACCUCAAACUCGUGGGCGGCUAGCGAGCGGCCGCUUGGCGUGGUGAACGCGUGGGAGGAUGGAGGGCGCUACGGCUUCGCGCCGACUCUCAACCGCUCGAGCGAAUACUACUCUUACUGCGCCAGCCCGGAUCACAACUACGUCUACUCGUCCAACUAUGAGUACAUCAUGCCCGAGUGCCGCAAUCUUCAGCCCGAGGAGAUCGUCACGAAAGGUAUUGGCUCGAUAUCCUUCACAACGUCCAUCAUAGAGACGUACGAGUACUCGUGGGAGUGCGGCAACCAGA